AACAGCCGACCGGCGCCCUCAGCAGACAGUCGCCGUGUGGAGGGGUGCUCCCCAACUUUCUUUGGUGACUUCUUGCCUCUGAGCCCCGAAAGCCCUUUUCCAGCAACCUGGCGCCAAGGACUUCCCCGCUCCCUGGGAACCGGGCUCCCCCGUGACGUCAUGCUCGGACUUCCGGUUCGUGGACGCGUUCUCGCAGAAUUACCAAUAGCGCCCCCUCCCCCUCGGAUCAGAACUCAGUGAAACCUUUGGGUGUGUGCCUUGUACACUCGAAGAAAGCAGAAUGACGAGGUGGCUCGCUAGCUGGUGCAGUCUGCUGAUGUAGGGCCUUCUUCAGACUCUGCUCAUGGGUGUCCGGGGGCUGAUGAGCUUCGUGGACGAUCACCGCAAGGAGUUCUUCACGGACUUGAAGUUGCGGGACACAAACCUUAUCAUCGACGCCUAUUCCCUCUUCCACUGGCUUUGCUUCAACUCGGGCUUGGAGCUCCGCUAUGGCGGCGACUACGAUUCCUUCGCCGACGUGGCACAGGAGUUUUUUGCAUCCCUGUUUGCCUGUAACAUCCGUCCCUACGUGAUACUGGACGGCGGGUGUGACAUUUCGGAUAAAAAGCUUGCGACUUUAAAGGACCGCCUCAGAAAGAAGAUCGAGUUGGCCCACGCCCUCUCACUGGGCCGGGCUGGCUCUGUGUGCCCCUUACUCCUCCGGGAAGUCUUCCUGCAGGUUCUGAUCAGGGCGCAGGUCCCUUUCGUGCAGUGCUUUUCCGAGGCCGACCGGGACAUCACGACGCUGGCCAACCACUGGAACUGCCCCGUGCUGUCGUCCGACAGCGACUUCUGCAUCUUUGACCUGAAAGCUGGGUUUUGCCCCCUGAGUGGCUUUCAGUGGAGACACGUGACUGCUGCGACAGGCUCGCCACACCGCUACGUCCCCGCCGCGUGCUUCUCCGCGGACGCCUUGUGCCGCCACUUCGGCCACCCGAACCGAGCGCUGCUGCCGCUCUUCGCGGUGCUCUGUGGGAACGACUACGUCAGCACGCCCGACGUGGGGGCGGUGCUGCGUCAGCUGCCGCCGCGCGUCGGAGCGGCCGCCCCCAAGGGGCGGAGGCACCAGCGGCUGGUGGCGCUCCUGCACUGGCUGUCCCGCUGUGCCGGCCCAGCGCAGGCGCUGGAGCACGUGGUCCAGUGCCUCCCGCCGCGGGAUCGAGAGCAGGCGCGGGCGCUGCUCGGCCGGGCCGUGCAAGACUACGAGCCGUCGCCCGCGAAGCUGCAGGACUUCUUCCAGCACGGCGCCGGCGUCUGCCCCGACGCCCCGAAGCUCGGCCUGCCCGGGUGGGUGCUGGCGGCCCUGGCGCGAGGCCAGCUCUCGCCUUUCAUCAGCGACGCCCUGGUGCUGCGGAGGACCAUUCUCCAGCCGCAGGUGGAAAGCAUGCAGCGGCCCAGUGCCCACCGAACGUCCCAGCCCAUCCGGCAGGCCAUCUACGCGCUCCUGCUGAGCGCCGACCCUCGCCCGCAGAGCAGGCCCUCGGGGGCGUCCUCACCGGUCGCCGUCAGCGAAGUGGAGAGGAACCAGAAGGACAUCAAGACGUCCGUGGUUCACGCUGUGAGACUGCCGAAGGAGCAGUCGGAUUUAGGCAAAUUGGCCGAGCUUCCAUCUGACAAACGAGAGUUGCUUCUGUUAGAAACCCUGAAGGUGAAGUGGACCACCCUGGACCCUGUCCCGGACUCGCUCCGGUUGCCCGUGGCUGUCAGUUGCUACUGGUUGCAGCACCCAGAGGUCCAGGCAAAGCUUCUUCACGUAGAGGCCUUACUGCUGGGGAUGCUGGUGGGGCCCCUGCAUGCCAUGAUCGACGGCCCUGAUACCGAAGAUGAGAGGGGGAAAGGGGCCGAGACGCUGUACAGAGACCUGUGUGCGGUGAAGGCGCGCACGCGGCUGAGCGGGAGGGUGGAUUUAGAUGCGGCCCAUGUCUUCUGCCAGUGGCAGUCCUGCCUGCAGAUGGCGCUCUAUCUCAACCAGCUGCUGUCCAGCCCCUUCCCGGAGCCAGACCUGACUUGCUUGUAUAACGGAAGCCUGGUGCACGGACUGUGCCACGAGCUGCUGCCCACAGCGUCGGCAGCCAGUCUGCUGAGCACGUGUCCCGAGGCAAAGCAACUGUAUGAACUUCUGUUCCAUGCCAUGCAGCCAUACGCCCCGCCCGAAGUGUUCCAACCGAAGAGUCGAUCGCAUUCCAAAAAGAAAAGGCAGAAGAAACAAGGUACCAGCCGGUCAAAGACCAGAGCAGGAACCGCCUCAGCCAUUAUUACAUUUACCUGUGGAAAACAAGACCCAUGAAAGCGACCAGAGAAGUGAGAGACUGCCGAAGAGAACGCCCAGGAGAAAACCACCACGGGGCCCAAUCGUGCAAAGGAGAAGCGAUCGCCAGCCAGGCACAGAUGCUGCUUCGCACAGAUGAGAGCCUGGGUGAGCUCCGAGCGUGGUGUGCAGACGACGGAGAGCACGCCAGCACUCCCCACCCACGAUCAGAACACGGGCCUUGGCGCUGAAGGGAGACCGACACUAGCUGGCAUCUCCUCCCCGUUGAUGACAACUGAGAGCAGACGGAGUCCCCCUGCUCCCCUCAGAGACAAGCACCUGGAUCCCACAGGAAACACCGGUUGGGAGGUUGGAGGGGAGGGAAAACGGAUGCCUCUCCCUUUCUCACCGAAGGGUACAGCGGCCUAACUUCUUGUCCUCAAGUAUCUAAAGGAGGGGUCCGCAAACGACCUGAAUUAGAGCCAGACCGACCGUAACUAUGUUACGUGUUGUGGGCCAUUCGGCCUUUGCCACAC